CUAUGGGGCAGCCGUGGGUCUGAGGCCGUGGGGCGCCCCCAGGUGCGGGUGUGGGUGUUCCCCGAGGGGACGCGGAACCACGAGGGGUCGAUGCUGCCCUUCAAGCGCGGAGCCUUUCACCUCGCAGUGCAGGCACAGGUUCCGGUGGUUCCCAUCGUCAUUUCGUCCUAUCGGCAUUUCUACAGCAAACGGGAGCGGCGCUUCACGGCCGGGCGGUGCGUGAUCGAGGUGCUGCCGCCGCUGCCGACGCGGGGCCUGGGCCCGGCCGACGUCCCGGCGCUGACGGAGCGCGUGCGCGCCGCCAUGCUCGACGCCUUCGAGGCGCUGGAGGACGAACUGCGCCCCACGGCGCCGCCCGCCGCGCCCCACUGAGCACCCCCGGCGCCCCAUAGCGCCCCACGGAGCCCCACGGCGCCCCAUUGAGGGACCCACAGCGCCCCAUGGAGCCCCACUGAGCCCCACAGCGCCCCACGGAGCCCCACGGCGCCCCACUGAGGGACCCACAGCGCCCCACGGAGCCCCACAGCGCCCCAUGGAGCGCCCCAUAGCGCCCCACGGCGCCCCACUGAGGGACCCACAGCGCCCCAUGGAGCCCCACAGCGUCCCACAGCAUCCCAUGGAGCGCCCCACGGCGCCGAGCACGACGAGCCGCGACCCACGGAGCCGAGCGCCGACCCAUAAGUGGGGCACAGACUGACCCCCAAGUGUGGGGCGGACCCCCCCCAAGUGAAGCGCGGACUCCUAAGUGGGGCGCAGAGACAGAAACGGGGCGUGGGCUGACCCACAAGUGGAGCGCCGACCCAUAAGUGGAGCCUGGGCUGACCCACAAGUGGGGCGCUGACCCAUAAGUGGAGUGUGGACUGACCCACAAGUGGAGCGCUGACCCAUAAGUGGAGUGUGGACCCAUAAGUGGAGCCUGGGCUGACCCACAAGUGGAGCGCCGACCCAUAAGUGGAGUGUGGACCCAUAAGUGGAGCCUGGGCUGACCCACAAGUGGGGCGCAGACGCGUAAAUGGGGCACGGACUGACCCACAAGUGAGGCACCGACCCAUAAGUGGAGUACAGACCCAUAAGUGGAGCCUGGGCUGACCCACAAGUGGAGCGCUGACCCAUAAGUGGAACGUGGGCUGACCCACAAGUGGGGCUCAAACGCAUAAAUGGGGUGCGGACUGACCCACAAGUGGGGCACUGACCCAUAAGUGGAGUACAGACCCACAAGUGGAAUGUGGACCCAUAAGUAGAGUGUGGGCUGACCCAUAAGUGGGGCACAGACCCACAAGUGGAGCCUGGAGUGACCCACAACUGGAGUGUGGGCCCACAAGUGAAGUGUGGACCCAUAAGUGGGGCGUGGACUGACCCACAAGUGGGGCACAGACCCAUAAGUGGGGCGCGGACUGACCCACAAGUGGGGCACAGACCCAUAAGUGGGGCGCGGACUGACCCACAAGUGGGGCACAGAAUGAGCCGCGGCACCUACUGACCCAUAAGUAGGAUUGGGAGCGCCCCACGGCGAGCACAGACCCAUAAGUGGAGCGUGGAGUGACCCCCAAGUGGGGCAGGAACUGACCCCCAAGUGGGGCACUGACCCCCAAGUGGGGCACAGACCCAUAAGUGGGGCACUGACCCCCAAGAG